GUCAUAAAUUUUUUGAUGAAAUAAUGAGAUUUGCAGUCCCUAAAUGCUAUCACAUCUCACCCUAACGGACUUGUCCUUAGUCAAAAAUGUAUAUCACCAAAAAGUAUCUUGUUCUUUUAACUUUCUGAGUGAAUAGUAUCGGUGUUUAAAAGGUGGCCCUGAUUUGGGCCUUUGUCUCUGAUUCUUGAGAAUAGGCCAUCGAGUGAAGUGAUGCACAUCUUGGGUGAUAUGGACAACUUAUACUUGUGACCACAGAAGACUAUAACUUUGGUCUUGGAUACAUUUGAUGACAACCCUGGGACUGCCAUGCAUACAGUGGCUGACUCGUCUGCAUUCUGAAGAAGAUGGAGGUGAUCACACAGAAAUGAUGGAAGAAUUGCAUAGCCUGGACCCUCGGCGACAGGAACUGUUAGAAGCUAGGUUCACUGGCGUAGGUGUUUCAAAGAUUCCUUGUAUUGACAUUUCAUCGCAGCAACAUCCUGAGGUUCCAGGAAAUGAGUCUUCAAAUCAGAGCUUAUGUAGUGUUGGCUCUCUGAGUGAUAAAGAGUCUGAGACUCCAGAAAAGAAACAGAAUGAACAGCGGAACAGAAAGAGGAAAGCAGAUGCAUUUGAGACUAGUCAAGGGAAGUGUACACCAAGGAGUCAUAAAAUUAGUGAUUAUUUUGAGUUUGCUGGUGGCAGUGGCCCAGGUACUAGUCCUGGAAGAAGCAUCCCUCCAGUUGUACGGUCAUCACCUCAACAUUCCUUAUCUAAUCCACUUCCUUCUGGGUUCCUGUCAAGUAGUAAUCCCCUUCCACAGCCGAGAAUAGAUGCUGCUUUAAUCUGCCAGAAUCAGCAAGGCAGCCCAUCUUCCAUAAUAUCGGGGAACAUUGAUCAUUCCUGCUGCUCUCAGAAACAGGCAUCCUUUCUACACAAACAGAUACAGUCAGACCUCACGUUAGAAAAGUUAGCAGCCUUGGAAAAUGGCAAAAACUCUGACCUGGAGAAGAAGGAAGGGAGAAUAGAUGAUUUACAAAGGACAAACAAUGAUCUCCGGAGACAAAUUGAUGAACAACAGAAGAUGCUGGAGAAGUACAAAGAACGGUUAAACAGAUGUGUUACAAUGAGCAAGAAGCUGCUAAUUGAAAAGUCAAAACAGGAGAAGAUGGCAUGUCGAGAUAAGAGCAUGCAGGAUCGGCUGAGGCUAGGUCAUUUUACUACUGUUCGGCAUGGAGCCUCAUUCACAGAGCAGUGGACAGAUGGAUACGCUUUCCAGAAUCUAAUUAAGCAACAAGAGAGGAUCAAUACACAAAGGGAAGAAAUAGAGAGGCAAAGAAAAUUAUUAGCCAAACGGAAACCACCAGCAAUGGGACAACUACCUCCCCCUAAUAUGGAGCAAAAGCAGCGUAAGAAUAAAACUAACGGUGCUGAAAAUGAAGUGUUAACAUUGGCAGAAUACCAUGAGCAGGAAGAAAUCUUCAAACUUCGGUUAGGUCAUUUAAAAAAGGAGGAGGCAGAAAUCCAAGCUGAACUGGAACGGCUAGAAAGAGUCAGAAAUUUGCACAUCAGAGAACUAAAACGAAUACACAAUGAGGACAAUUCGCAGUUUAAAGACCAUCCAACAUUAAAUGAUAGAUACCUGCUGCUACAUUUGUUGGGUAGAGGUGGCUUUAGUGAAGUUUACAAGGCAUUUGAUUUAACGGAGCAAAGAUACGUAGCUGUGAAAAUUCACCAGUUAAACAAGAACUGGAGAGAUGAAAAGAAGGAAAAUUACCAGAAACACGCCUGUAGGGAAUAUAGAAUUCAUAAAGAGCUGGAUCAUCCACGCAUAGUCAAAUUGUAUGAUUAUUUUUCACUAGACACAGAUUCAUUUUGCACCGUGUUGGAAUUUUGUGAAGGAAAUGAUCUCGAUUUCUACCUGAAGCAGCACAAGUUAAUGAGUGAGAAGGAGGCCCGUUCCAUUAUUAUGCAGAUUGUUAGUGCGUUGAAGUACCUAAAUGAAAUUAAACCUCCGAUCAUUCAUUAUGACCUUAAACCAGGCAAUAUUCUGUUAGUAAAUGGUACUGCUUGUGGAGAAAUUAAAAUCACUGACUUUGGUCUGUCUAAAAUUAUGGAUGAUGACAGCUACAGCGCAAUUGAUGGAAUGGAGCUGACCUCCCAGGGGGCUGGCACUUACUGGUAUUUGCCCCCAGAAUGUUUUGUGGUUGGCAAAGAACCUCCAAAAAUUUCCAACAAAGUUGAUGUCUGGUCCGUUGGUGUUAUUUUUUAUCAAUGUCUAUAUGGAAGAAAGCCAUUUGGUCAUAAUCAGUCCCAGCAAGACAUUCUUCAGGAGAACACAAUUCUUAAAGCUACUGAAGUCCAGUUCCCUCCAAAGCCAGUUGUCACUCCUGAAGCAAAGGCAUUUAUUCGACGCUGUCUGGCAUAUCGAAAAGAAGACCGGAUAGAUGUUCAACAGCUUGGUUGUGACCCCUACUUACUCCCUCAUAUCAGAAAAUCUGUAUCUACUAGCAGCCCUUCUGGAACUAUAGUUCCAUCAACAUCUGCGUCAUCUGGUAACAGCACUUCAAAUUGAGAUACCAAAACUGACAGGACAGAAGUCUGCUUAAUCUGAAAUUGAUUUGGAGUAUAAAAACACAAAAUUAUACCUGUACCAGGUGUUGCUUUCCUCCAUCUGUUGAGCAUGACUACAUUCUCAUUAACGAAAAGAAAAAUGGCUGGCAACAGAGGUGAGGGCAAGCAGAGAGGAGAUGGCAGGCCACUGCCUUAUCCAGGGGAACGCAGAAGGUGGCUGGUCUGAAAACUCCAAGAACUGGUUCUGUGACAUGAAAAAAAACUGAUUUCACUUCAGCACAUGUCAGGGAAUAAAUGCCAGCUACUAAGCUGAAUGGACUGAACUAGUCUGACAUGAAUAUUUAAAAUGUGUUUUUAACAAACAAUGGUAACAGAGAUCUGAAGACUUUAAUAGACUAUGGACAUUUUGCUGCAGAUAGUAUUGCCCUACAGUUCCAAAGCUGAGACUCAUUUUUAGUAAAAUUUAGGGUUAAUAUUUUCCCUAAAACUGCUAUGCCCCCACCCCCUGCAUUUUUACUUAGCAUCCAGACCCUGUAACAGAGAUGAAAAUAUUCUUUGUUUCUGAGGCUGAAUCUAAUAUUAACGUUGUGUAUGAAAGGAGUAAUUCUGCUGAAGGGCAGCAGAGCACCCUCAUCCUGUUUUUGAGGGGUGGGGGUAAGCAGCAGGAGACAGGGGUUCAUGGACUGAAUGGCCAGGCCUAGAAAUUUAGUGUUAAAAUUUGAUGAUUCAGAUGGAAUGCUAGAAUUUUAUUUUGGUAUUCUGUCCUAAAGUAUGUGGUAUGCCACUUUAGACAAAAAUACCAUUUUAUUGCACUUUUAUAUACAAUGUGGAAAAAAAUAUCCUGGCAUAGAAACCGAAUACUAGCAUCUAUUAAUGGUAUCUGCCCCAGAUUUUUGGCAUGCUUCUAAGUAGCUGACCUCUGUAUGGAGUAGAUGGAAAGACUGACCCCAAGAAUAUGCGGAGUUUAACUGUAUUUAAGGAUUAUUCCCAAGGAAAUUUCUGAUGUGUGUGUCGGUGUGCGCGUCUCUGUGGUGUGUUAUAAAUUAAGAGCAGUAUUAUUAGGGAAGAAUGAAGACCUAGAAACUGUUUUUGCAAAAAUGUACCGUCCUUGUUCUCACUAUUCUGUAUUUAAAGCCAGCAAUGAAUAUUGCAAAUCUGUUUUUCAUGGUUAUUCCGUUUGUACACAUCCAUUUAUUAAAUGUCUUUUUUGUACAGUGGAACUUAGCUGUAAAAGGCAAGAAUCUGUAUUCUGCUCUAUUACCACUAGGUGGUUGCAUAGGGUAGUUAUUUAGCAUUGGUGUUUUUCAUCAGCAGCCUUCUGCUGAUGGUAGAACAUAAUGUUUUUGUAUCUAUUUUGUUAUGUAUGUAAUAUAUAUAAAUAUAUAUAUGUAUAUAUAUAUAUAUGUGUAAUAUUUUACAUUUGCAAAGUAAAGACAGAGGGUGUAUGGAAGUAAUUAAUGAAAAAGUAGUAUUUCAGUUUUCAUUGCUGGACCACCUGCUUGGUUUACGUUUAGUAUGAUUUGUUGCUGUCCCCUCCCACACCCAGUCUGUUACACAAUUUUGCAGCUGAAGUAAAAUCUAUAAAUAGUAUAGAUUUGUCAGGAUGGCAGACUGCAAAAGCUAAUUGUUAGACUACUGAUUUUUGCACGAGUAGAAACAAAUUGAUGGCUUGUUAAAGUUGAGAGAAAGUUGUAUUUGUUUUUAAAAAGUCUUGCAGAUCCCGUUAAGUGCAUUUCAAAACAUAGUUUUAGUUGUAAUACUUCUGGACCUGUUGUUACUUUCCCCUCUUUUUUUCCUAUGGUUUUACACUCAAGAAUCAGGUACAGACUUUCACAUUUAAUGUGUCCUCUGGGUCUCUCUCUCUCUGUAUUAGCUUUAAGCUGAUGGUUAAAGAAGACUGAUAGCUUAGUGUUUUCUGAUACUGUUAAAAGAAUUGGUUAGACAUAUGGAGGCUAUCAGGGAUGGGAGUGGUUUUGUUUUAGUGUUUCUUAUAUGAGAGUACACACUCAGUACAUUUGUUUUGUUGAAUACAUGACCACUUAGUGAAGGGUUUAAUUUGUUGAUGGAACUAAAAUGGCGACUGUGGAGCCUGGUAGAGUGAUUACUGCAUAUGUGACCCCACCAGUGAACACAAAUACAAGGAUUGCUGUUCUUGCUUUGCAUUUUUGUUUUUCCCUUUUGGUAUUGUAAUUGCCACUGUUCGCUUUGUAGCUUCUUGGCACUAGUUGAACAGGGCCACAGGAAAGUGAGGUGAUUUUUUUCAUAUGAAAUAAUCCAUAUGGACUGAGGGUUUUUUUUCUGGCAUAUAAGUAGCCAAUGAAGUGGUUGCCUUAUAUGCCAAAACAUUUCUGUAGAAAAACAGACCAAUAUAUUAAUUCUAAUAUGAAAUUUCUUCAGCUUGCUUAUCAAGGAUUAGAAUGUUUGUGACAAGUAAGGUACGUUUAUUUCUUUGAGUUGGAGUGGAUUUUACCCUUUGGCCCUUUUUAUGAAGAAAAGUAUAUAUAGGAGGGGCAGAGCCCCUUUAUUUUAUUUCAGUUGAGCUGUCUUUUCCCUCAGUCCUUUUUUAGAAACAGACGGUAUAUUGGGUGAAUUACAUAUGCUGAUACAAGUGAAAUCCUUCGAGCGAUGCCCUGUUGCUCACUGGUACGUGUGACUUUAUGCCAGUUGUGCAAAGCUGUUUUACAUUGGAUUAGAUUUAACUUUUUAUUCAUUUCCAACUGCCGGUACUUUUCCACUGCAAAAGAAAUGCAUCUGUCAUAACCAGUUACAUUGGAUUAGAUUUAACUUUUUAUUCAUUUUCAACUGCCGGUACUUUUCCACUGCAAAAGAAAUGCAUUUGUUGUAACCAGUGGUUCAGUGAUUGUUUAUCAAAUGAUUUGUGAGGCUUAGAUACUGAUAUUUUUUUCAGGCAGCACUUUGGUGUGUAUUGAUGGCCAAGAUAAGGGAAUAUUGUGCUGUGUGUUUGAGCUUCAGUAGAAUAUCCAGGAGUUAUGACACCCCAAGUAGCUUAUACAUUUCCCUGUAGCAUAUUGGUAUAGUGUACUGAAAGUUAAUGCUUUUGAAGGUUAGAACUGAACAGUCAAAUAACUGAAAAAUGUUCUAGUUAUGUUUUGAAAUCUUCCACUAGUGCCUUCAGAGUGGCAGACAUUUUAGAGUAGUCUUUGCUACUGUCACCCUAGCUGCAGUACUUUCUACAUGGGAGGCACAGUAGUGCCAUCUUGCUGUACUUUUUCCUAGUCUGCCUGCAGUAUAAUCCUCUUAAGUAAAUUAUUGCAGUGAUACUAUGUUCUUUCAUUGGAAGGUUCCAAGUUUGUUUUCCCUUGUGGUUCAUUGAUGUCUGCUCAGUGCCAGGCAAAGGUAUGAAGUUCUUUUUUCAAAUCUGAGUCUGUUGCCUGUUAAGUGGUAACGGCAUACUUUCUUAUGUUGUUCCCAUGGCUUUCAUGUAACCUGACCCUCUCCAAUACUGUUUGGUGAGUGUACAGCCAUUUCCCUUCACUGGCCUUAGAAGUAGACAGUAAAACAAAAAAAAUAUUGGUUACUCUCUAUAUGUUGCCUCACUAGUACAGUCACUCAGGCUGUGAGCAAAGUUAAUGUUAACAUUAUGCAUUUUUUUAGAAGAGGCCUGCAGGCUUGUACAUUCUGUUGUGCCUAGUCUUUGAUGCACACAUUUCAGACAACAGCACAUUUGUCAUGCUUUGAGGCAAGGUUAUGCUUACUAGUGCCAGAAACUUUGUUAAAGCUGUUAGGUGCACAGUUAUCUUGUUACCAGGAAUUUGAGUAUUGUUAAGAUCUUUGCCUAGUUCACACACUGGCACAUGUAGCAGCACUGAGCAGAACCAUUGAACCGUUUUAGUAACGUGUAUUGUUAAAAUUGACUUGGAAAGCUCAAAAUAUGGUUAGUGCAUAAAAAUCUGGGGCUCCUACUUAUCCUAUAAGACUUGUCACUUUUACUGGUAUUGAAUUCAUUCUCCAAUAAAGCCAUUUUUGCUUCUUUUUGGAUAUAGACUUAAUCUGGACAUUCAUUUGGAGGGUGUUUUAUGUGAAGACUUUUUAAAAUUAAAUCAGUAACAUUUCUGUCUUUAUUAUGCAGUCAUAAGCAUUCCCACAUCUGGACUAACCUCGUUGGCAGUCUUCGAGAGUUUGGGGGAGGGGUGUAGGAGUGAGCAGUUAAAGAUACAGCUAUAGGGAUGUUGACGUGGCUUCAUUUACUCUGUUCUGACAUCUGCAGCAGAUUUCUUUGCUGUAAAAGCUGUGUUUGAUUAGCACAGUAUUGUGAAAUGUACAUUGGAAGUAACGUCACAUAAUGUUGGUGCUGACUUUUUGUAAUUAAAAAAUGAAAAAGUCUGAAAUCAUGAAUUUUUCUUCAUUAAAUUACAGAAAAUUUAAGGAAGGAAAAUGCAGUCUUAUAUUAAGAAUGUGAAUGGGGUAUGUUUCAUGCUCCUGAAGUAAGUCAUGGAAUGCUCGUAAUCCUCUGGGCAGUCUUGCUUUCCCCUGCAUUUAAUAUAAGUGAUCUGGUGUAACACAUUCUAACCUUAUCAACCAGUAAGACUAAAACAGAUCUUCAUCCAAAACUUUCCCAGGAUAUUAAUGCUCCUCCCCUUUAUCCAUAAUGCUGUGCCAAUCACCUUUGUUUUUCAUAUUGCUUUUGCCUUUACCGGCAGUGAAUCAGAGAAAAAUCGCCCCAGGCUGGUCCGUUUGUGUUUCACUAUUUUGUUUAAAAAAUAUUUUUGAUUCGUUUCUUUUAGUUUUUUAAACAUGUCUGCUGCCAUCUAACAAAAUUAAACCUAUCUAAAUUUU